AUGCCAAUAACCCCAACCCAACUCACAACCGUAGGCCUGGGCUAUGGUCGCAAUGAGUUGAUAGCGCGCUAUAUAAAGCUACGAACGGGCAAAACGCGGACUCGAAAGCAGGUCUCUAGUCAUAUACAAGUGUUGGCCCGAAGGAAAGCCCGUGAAAUACAAUCGAAAAUGAAAGUCUCGACACAUAAGCCCAAUGAACACAUGAUAGCACUGUCAGCAAAGCAUGACUCCGGACAUAAAGAGGCAGCGCUUCAAUCGAUGUCAUCCCUGUCCGGGAUGUCCAGCGCUCAGAUAGUCUCUCUAUUUUACUCUUCUCAGGACCAGUCCGUCAAAGAGAAGGCGUUGCAGUCGUUGACCGCAUCCCAGAUCGCGGCCCUUCAGAACAAAGCGGCCGCACAUCACGUCCAUCACGCGGCCACUCAUGUGGCGGCCGCUGCCGCAGGUCUGGCCACUCUUGGACUCACGGCCCCACCCGUCACGCCUUACACACCAUCGCCUUUUUGGCAACCGGCCGGCCCUACAAACAAUGAAGACAUUAAGCCUUUCAACGCUCCAACCGGUGGUCAAUACGUGAAUAAUAGCAACAAUAACCUUAACUCUGGGCCCGCGUGGGAGGGCCGAGCCAUCGCCACUCAUAAGUUACGAUUAGUUGAGUUCUCGGCGUUUAUGGAGCGCCACGACAACGACAGCGACAAACACCUGUUCGUUCACAUCGGCAUCAUUUCGCCCGUAUAUUCCGAUCCAUUGCUCGAAUCCGUAGACAUCCGACAGAUUUAUGACAAGUUUCCUGAAAAGAAAGGCGGACUCAAAGAGCUGUACGAUAAGGGCCCACAAAACGCCUUCUUUUUGGUCAAGUUCUGGGCCGAUCUCAACACUUCACUGCUCGACGAGUCCGGAGCUUUCUAUGGCGUCACCUCUCACUACGAGAGCAAUGAGAACAUGACGAUCACCUGUUCCACAAAAGUAUGCUCUUUCGGCAAACAAGUGGUCGAGAAAGUGGAGACAGAAUACGCGCGCUUCGAAAACGGUCGGUUCGUGUACCGCAUACACAGGUCUCCGAUGUGUGAAUAUAUGAUUAAUUUCAUCCAUAAGCUGAAGAACUUACCGGAAAAAUAUAUGAUGAACUCAGUGCUCGAGAACUUCACUAUAUUGCAAGUUGUGACGAACCGCGAAACACAGGAAACACUUUUAUGUAUUGCAUAUGUGUUUGAAGUGUCGGAAACGACUGGAACUCAACACCAUAUCUACCGAUUAAUGAAGGAUUAAUAGAAACACAUAAAUAGCAUAGCAUUAACUCAUUCAUGGAUUCAUUGAUUAAUAUAAAUAUUUGUCUCAUUCUCUCAUUUGUCUGAUUGUCACCAUAAUUGCCAUAAAAGCUGUAAAUGUUUUUUGGAAAACUUUUUAUAAAUGAAUGCCAUUUUCGACGUGCCUCAAUCAGCCCUAUAUUAUAACGAUUUGUCAGAGAAUUUGUUGUAAAUUUAUAUAAAUAUAUAUAUAUUGAUAUGGAUAUUGAUAUAAUCAUAACGUAUACACAGAUCUCACUCAUUGUGCCAUUUAAUGAACGGCCAAUUCUUCUCUUAUCCAAGCUUUGGGCAGCUCUUAGAGGGACUUAAUUAUUGAUAAUAUGUUUCAUUCAAUUACUUUCCGUGAAAUCCUAUGCAAAAGAGCAGCACUUUCUACAUCUGUUUUAAACUCUUGUUUUAUUUUGUACUUAUCUUUGACGAGAACU